GAUCAAACAAAUCGCAAAAUGCAAUGACAAACUGUCAUAUUCUACAAAUAUUAUUAGUGAAGUACGUUUUAACUUCAACUUGAAAUGAGCUUACCAAUUCUACAGCCCCAGCUUUUAGUGGGUUUAGAAACAAAAAUAAGAGGGAAUGUUCAUUUUCUUUCCGAUGAUGAGGUGGUCUAUCCCGUAGGAUGUGUUGUGACUGUUCACAAUACCAGCCUGAAGAAACAGAAAUUCAUCAAAUUAGCUGACAAAGGAAAGAAUUUAACACACUUGCUGGUCAGUCCAAAUAAGAAAUUAAUUGCUAUCGCAGAAACUACCGAUAAAUUACCAGUUAUUAAUCUCUGGGAUCCAGCACUUUGUAAAAAAAAGAGAACAAUAACCCUUCCUCAAGAUAAAGAUAUUAUUUGUAGCAGAUAUUCUUGUAUGGAAUUUACUUACGAUUCAAAAUUUCUCGUUUGCGUUACCGCCGAACCUGACUGGACACUUUACGUCUUCAAAUGUGAAAAAGGAAGAUUAGAGAGUUUCGGUAGAGCAAAUAAUCUCAAUGGAACAGGAACAGUUGUACAGGUAGCUUGUAAUCCCAAUGACGCAAAUCAAUUAGCUGUAUGUGGAGAGCAAUGCCUGAGAUGUUUGGGUUGCGUCGAUUUUAAUUGGAAGCAGUUUGGGUACAACAAACUUGAUCCCUGUUAUUACACUAGCUGCUGCUGGCUGUCCCAAGAUAGAUUGAUAGUUGGAAGUUACAGAGGCAAAAUUAUGAUAUUAGAAACUGGAGAGAUUCGAGCUGUUUUUCAUGCUUCUGAUUUACCUCUUAUUAACAUGAAGCUAAAGGAAGAGGAUGAAAAUGCCGAUUUGCCUGUUAAUCCUUCUUUAUACGAUAUGAUUGGCGAAGAAUGUCCGGACGUCGGCGAAUGUUUGGAAAUCCGUAGUAUCGUAACAUUUGGCAGAGGAUUCUUUUUCGGUUAUACUAAUGGGAAAGUACAUUUUUACGAAAAGGAAAAUCCCAACAGAUACAGGAAACGAGGCGUUUUUAUUAUACCGGACAGGACCGUUCAUAGAGAAUACGAAGAAGAACCGGAAAUCAUAACUACGGUAAACAGCAUAGCCAUAAAUCCAUCGCAAGACAGGAUUCUGGUAACUUGCUUAGAAAUGCAAAUGUGGAGCGAACGUAUAUUUGUACACGACGCUGAAACGGGACCUGAUGUCCUGUUAAAAGAGUUUGGAUACUCAGUACAUUUGGGACCUGUCGGUGGAUUGUCCGUAUGUAGAUGGAAACCAAUUGUGCUUAGCAUCGGUUCUCGAGAUAGAUCGGUUAAAAUAUGGAAUUACGAAACUGUUGAACUAGAACUUGUGCAAACUUUUGAAGACGAUAUUUACUCGGUUUCACUGCAUCCAACUGGGCUGUAUGCCGUUAUUAGUUUCUCAGAUAAACUGAGAUUCAUGACAAUAAUGAUCGACGAGAUAAUUCUAACAAAAGAAUUCAAUAUCAGGAAUUGCGAUAUGACAUGCUUCAGCCGUAUGGGUCAUUUAUUUGCUGCUGCUAAUGGGACUGUUAUCCAAAUAUAUUCAAGUGUUACUUUUGAAUUGAUGUAUUUGCUAAAAGGACAUAAUAGAAAGAUAUCAGGCUUAUCCUGGUCUAGUGAUGACACAAUACUGGCUAGUUGCGGAUAUGAUGGUGCCGUAUAUUGUUGGGAUAUUGUCAGGUCAACCAGGAUACAAGAAACUGUUAUUAAGUCAGUACCAGCUAAAGGAGUGGUGAUAACUAGAGAUGGAAAGAAUACAUUUGCUGUAGGAACCGAUGGACAUAUUAGAGAAUAUUAUAAUUCAAACGUACAAAGAGAUGUAGUUAUACCUCCAGGAACUCCUUUAGAUGGAAUUAUCUUGUCAGCCUUAGAUAAUAUGUUAUUUGUCUCAGGUAAUAAUGGCGUUGCGUAUGUUGUUAAAAUACCAUUGUUAGAGAAGGCAGAAGUUGUCGAAUAUAGUAUGCAUAAUAAUACCAUUGUUAAGAUGACGCUAUCAUGUGAUGAUAGAUAUUUGAUAACAGCUUCUAUCAUCGGUGUUAUAUGUUUUUGGAGACUUUUAAAUAUCGAGGACAAAGCCAUAAAAUUUGAUUUACCAUCAUCGAACGAAAUACUUAUAUCAAGGCAGAUCUUAGAGGACAAAAUGUUACAAAUAAGAAAUCUUCAAUUAAGAAUGAGAGAAUUAGAAACAGAGCAUUCUUAUCAAAUGCGCCAGAACGACGCAUUGGCAGCAUCAAAAAUGAAGGAUAUACACGAAAGUUACUGUAACGCUAUUGAAGAAUUGAAAUUAAAAAAUGAGCAAAUGGAAGCAGAACAUAUACAAGAAAUCAACAGUAUAAAUAUUCAAAUAAAUCAAAUGAAACAGAAUCAUGAAUUGUUUGUUCAAAGAUUAGAGGCAUCUUACAAUGAAAAAUUGAUAGCAGAAUAUGAGAAAUUCAUGAAAUUCGAAAACAAAAUGGAUAGAAUGCUGAAAGACGCUGACGCUAGAUAUAUGGAAUUAAAAAAAGCUAAAGAAGAUUCGGAAACAUCUAUUAUCAAUGACUAUGAAACAAGACUCAAAGAAGCUAAAUUGCAAUACGAUGAACUCGCAGAGCUUAAUCAGACCCAAGCUAAAGACCAUGAAAUAAUUAAACAGCAAAUAGAAGAUGACGCUGAUAGAGAAAUUUAUGAAUUAAAAGAAUCUCAUUUGAAAGACUUGAAAGAAGAACAAGAUGUAAACGUAAGAUUAAGAAGCGAGAUAUCAGUGGUUAAAAAGAAACUUCUUCUUUCACUUAAAGAAGUUGAUGAUUUGAAGCACAAAGUAUUCACAAUGGAGAACGAACACAUAAAAUUCAAAAACUUUAUAUAUGAUUUGGAGAAGGAGAUAAUGGAUUAUAAAAAAGAAAUACAGGAAAGAGAUCAAACUAUCGAAGAAAAAGAAAAAAGAAUAUUUAUCAUAAAAAGCAAAAAUCAAGAAUUGGAAAAAUUCAAGUUCAUUUUAGACUUUAAAAUAAAGGAAUUGAAUACACAAAUUGAACCUAAGGAAAAAAUAAUUACAGAGCAAAAUAUUCAAAUCAAUGAAAUGGUUCGUGAAUUAGAAAAUUUGCAAAAAGUUAUCUUGGGCUUAGAUAUACAAUUAGCAGAAUUGAAAGAAAAACUUAACGCAUCAAAUAACGAAGUGAAAAAAGAAGUAGAGAGAAAUCGAAGAAUGAAAAAGGCCUUACAAGAUAUCAGAAUUGAUAUUCACCAUGCUAGCGGAUAUAUACAGAACGUUCCGCUAUUACAAAAAGCUGUCAAGGAUAUGUAUCAUAAAUAUAAUGCAGAUAAAGACUUCGAGGUGACGCAACAAGAGGACACGGAGGCCAAGAACGAAUUCUUGCGACAAAGGGAUUUCUUGGAACGCACCGUUUCUACAUUACAUGAUCAGGCAACAAAGAAUACUAACUUACUAAGUUACGACAAAGUAAGAUUGGUAGAUGAAAAUGCUUGCUUGUUAGAGGAAACUAAUACAUUAAGGAGAAACUUGCUCUCAGAAGUUACAAUAAAUCGCAAACUCAACUCAUUAAUCGGUAUGUCGCGAGUUACACCUCAACAAGCUCAACAAAAAGUUAAUUUCGCCACGGCUACCAACUACGAAAUUCACAAGAAGUAUACAGACCAGUUAGAGCAAAAUGCCCGUUCAUUGGAAGCAAUGACCAAAGAAAAUGCAAGACUUUUGAAUAAAAUCACUGAAAUGGAUGCAGCAGAAUUGGAGAAAUAA